UCAAAACAUGGCGGUAAACCCAAAAUAAGACACGGGAAGACGAAGGAGUAUGUGGAAUUUAAGCUAUCUGACCAUUGCGUGAUCUGACUCAUAUUUUCCUCAUUACUGGAACAUCCAACUCGGCAUUUCCAACAUCCAAAAUGUCACACUUGUGGCAGCACCCAUAUGUGAAUGUUUUCAAACACUUCAACCUUGCAUCAUGGAAAAAGUCAACAAAAGAAGGCGAAGUAGCAGGAGUAAUGGACAAAGCUGUGAAAUGUACUGUGUACAAGGUGACAGGUUCAAUCCCUGCUGGGAAUUAUAUCCAGCUCCCAAAGGCCCAGACCCAAUCACUGGGUUUAACUGGACGUUACCUGUACCUCCUGUUCAAGCCAAUCCCCACCAAAUACUUUGUUGUCCACAUAGACCUAGCCACUCAGGACAACCUGAUCGUGAGAGUGUCAUUCUCUAACCUGUUUAAGGAGUUCAAGUCAACUUCCACAUGGCUUCAGUUCCCAUUUCUUUGUAAUGCUUCCAAAGGAUCUGUCCAUGCAUUUGCUGCAAUGGGUGGGAAAGAUCACAGUGGCCCAGCACCUCAUGCCACACGAUGGACAGUCUUAUGUUUAGACUUCAACUAUAUCCUGUCCAUGUACCUCAACAGAAAGUUUUCCUACAUGAAGGGAAUACGACUUUGUGCCAACAUGGUGGUCAAGAAUAUAUUUACAAGUGACACAUUGUUUGAUCCAGCUGUAACCCUUGACCAGGCCAAGAGGGCUGGACUCCUAGACCAGGGAGUGUCACCAAUGCCAAGAGAGAUGGCUUACCCAGUCCUAAAGGGAGACCACUGGCAUGACCACUAUGACCUCAUCAGAUUUCCCUCUGAUGGUGGUAAGAAGCCAUUUGACUCCAUGCAGUACAGCAGUCCCCCUGGUAAAAACACAAGUAGUCAUCGUACAGGAAGCCCAAAGAGAGUGUCUACACGGUCAGUUGAUGUCAGUAAAUGUGUCACUGACAGGGUUGCCAUGAUCCACAAACUUACAGAGCCUAAACAGAAAGUGAAGCGUCGACAUGUGACAUCAGAGCUGCCACCAGUGGGACUGGACAAGAUGACAGUUGUGGCGGACACCCAGGGAGAGGUACAUGUGUUCGCACACCCUGAGGACGAGAUCAUGGUCCACCAGGAAGGUCAGACUAGUGGACAGGUUUCUAAGGUGUCUGCACCAGCAAGUCUGGGACCAAGAAAAAUAGCCAGUAAGAGCCUAGAACCAGAUCCCAUUCUGAAGCUGAAGAGGAUUGUAGGUUUUGGUGGAGCUUCUUUUAGAGAUGCGCUGUGGUCAGUGGAUGCAGGUAGUGUUGUGUACCCCUGCCAUGCAGUGGUUGUUGCUAUGAAGAUAAGUAACGGUCAUCAGCGUUUCUUCGUUGGCCACACUGAUAAGGUAUCCUGUAUCAGUUUGACGGGUAAUUCCUCCUUGCUGGCCUCCGGACAGACAGGUGUUCUCAGUGCUGUCCGCAUCUGGAAAUUUCAGACCGGGGAGUGUCUGGCAAUGUGUAAAACACAUGUGCACUCCCUCCACUGCCUGAGCUUCUCUCACAAAGGGAAUGUACUUUGUGGCGUGGGGAAAGACGGGCAUGGUAAAAAUAUGGUUGUAAUCUGGGACACGUCCAAAGUGGCUAAGUCACGAGAAGUGUCAGUGAUGGCAAAGGCACACACUGAUGUAGAAAUAGAGAGCAUGAAAGUGGCAGCCUUUGACGAUACCAGGAUGGUAUCUUGUGGACGUGACAAUAUUCGACUGUGGCGGGUCAAGGAUGGUCAUCUGAGGUCAGCCCCUGUCAAUCUUGGCGAACAUCACACGGUGGAGUUUACAGAUGUGUGCUUUGAAGCAGGAUACCAUGCUGACAAAGAUCCCUCCGACAGACUAGUGUAUGCCUGCAGUAGAUCUGGUCACAUAUUUGAGAUAGAGCUGCAAAAGGUAUCUAUUCAGAAUGUCCGCCGACUACUGCCGACGGACACCAAGCCUGUCAAGGAGAAACAGACUUUCAGAUCAGGUUCAGGUAUUGGCAUCAACUGUAUGACAGUAAAUGAGACGUUUUGUGUGACGGGAUCUGACGAUGGUUUCCUGCGCCUAUGGCCGCUGGACUUUGCUCAUGUUUACCUUGAAGCUGAACAUGAGGGACCAGUGACAGCCAUAGACCUCACUUCAGAUGGACUCAAGAUAUUGGCAGGAACAGCAAUGGGCACUUUGGGGACCCUGGACAUCUCCACACGGGCCUACACCACAGUGAUGAGGUCACACACCGGGCGUAUUGCUGAUGUGGCAGUGGACCCCUACAGGAAACACAUGGCCACCGUGUCAGAGGAUCACUCGAUCCGUGUGUGGGAGUCAGAAACCCUACAGCAGCUGUAUGACUUCAGUGCACCCGAGGAGUGCCCCUGUAUCAUUCAUUACCACCCGUCACGACAGAUAUUUGCCUGUGGAUUUGAAAGUGGUGUAGUCAGAGUGUUUAAUGUGCAGACCACCAGUAUGAUGGCAGAACACAGACAACACAGAGGAAAGAUCACAGGCCUUGCUUUCUCUCCCACCGGAGACUUUUUGUACAGUGCCUGUUCCCUUGGCUCUUUGGCACACUAUGAUGCUACAUCUGAGAAGUAUGAGCUGCUUCGUCUUCUGGGUAACACAGUGGCACGAGGCACCAGACAUUCCCCAGACAUUUUGUCGGUCAGUGCUGAUGGACGAAGAAUGGCGUUUAUAGGGCCAUCAGAGUACACAGUCUGUGUGGUGGAUGCCAAGUCAUUAGACGAGGUGGUACGAAUAGACGUGACAAAUCUGAAUUCCUCAGAUGCUGGGCGUUCAUCACUAGACGCUGCUGUCAGGCUUCAUUUUGCCCCACUAAGUCUUGGGCAUCUAAUAGUCAUCACAUCCAGUCACAAACUACUCAAGUUUGAUGCCCGAACUGGACGUCUGCUUUCUGAGGUGGCCAACAUCCACAGGACAGGCUGUUCUACUGUGGCAGUCACCAGUAAUGGCCGUCACCUAGCAACAGGAGGGGACAAGGUCAUCAAGAUCUGGGACUACAACAUGAAGCUGGACAUCAACUUUCAGGUCUUUAUAGGCCACUCGGAGAAUGUGAGCAAGAUCCUCUUCACCCCUGAUGGCCAGGGUUUGCUGAGCGUUGGAGAGGCAAUUUAUGUCUGGGAUUUCAUGGCUUCCAAGCCCCCGUCUCCAAUUGAGGGUCGUGAGUACGCUGAAAAAGACUACAUGCAACUACAACGGGACAGGACAAACAACAGCAUAGAUGAUAUUCUUGAACGAAGUUUAGAGGAAACGUCAUAUCUUGAGCUACCAAGGCGAUCACCACCUCGACCAAUCAGCUACAACUCUAGUAGUCGCAUCGAGGAUCUUAGCUCCAUACAUAAGGCUUCUAAUGAAGCAGAUGAUGAUUUGGUGACUGGAACAUCAGAGAGGGAAGCAAUUUUAAUCGGUCCAAAACUGAAGACAGCAUUCACAGAGAAGCAUGAAGACAGUAGUCAAGAGUCUGAUGAGGAUGUUGGGGUUGAACCACUUGCACCUAGUCCUCAGCGUCAAAAACACAAACAGUUCAGUAUGGGAAAGCGUCCAGGGAAGAAGGCCCCUGUGGGAAGUCCUGGAGCAAGGAGAGAAGGAGAGGCUGUGAAACCCUCCUCACACAAACACUUCCAGCAGCGGGAACAGACCUAUGGCAUGGCACAGAGACGAUAUACAGCCCCUCCGAACCAGGCAGGUCUAAAGCUCAAGUCUGUGAUUGGCUACAAUGGAAACGGUAGAGGCAAUAUGGUGUGGCAACCUGACACAGGUCUGUUUGCCUAUACUUGUGGCUGUCUGGUGGUUGUGGAGGACCUGAACACUGGACAGCAGAGACAUCUAACUGGACAUGUGGAGGAGAUCUCGACCCUGGCCUUACAGAACGAUUGCCAGGUGUUGGCCUCUGCCAGUGGUUCCUUUGGUCUGUCUGCCAGUCAAAUCUGCCUGUGGAAUCUAAAGGACAUGGUGUGUCACAAAGUCCUACAGCACCAUGAACAUGACAUUGUGUCCCUGGCGUAUUCCCGUGAUGACCGCUUCCUCAUAUCGGUUGGUGACUACAAAGACUGCUGUGUGGUUGUAUGGAGUACAUACGACUAUGAGAUACUGACAAGUUCGAGAGUGACCAGCCCUAUCCAUGAGCUCAAGUGGGACCCCUACACUGUCAAUGAGUUCGCGUCUGUGGGAGAGAAUGGCACAGUGUUGUUUUGGCUCCUGGACGAAACCUCCAGUGAAGUGUGUCUCAAUGUCCAUGAGGCAGAUGUUCCAGAGGAACUGAUGCAGACUCACCACAUGGGGAGCCAAUCAGUAGACUUCACAUCAAUGGUGUACGCAGGGGACAGCACGCUUUAUGUAUCAACUAACAACGGCAAGGUGUCUGCCUGGGAUACCCGUCACAACACAUGCUUCAUACACUGGGAGGCAGACAACUGUGAGAUAGGUGCCUUGGUAUGUCGUGGUGGCCGUCUGCUGACAGGAAGUACAGGACGCAAUCUAAGAAUGUGGUCCAUCGUGGGUGUAGGAGAGAUGCGACUUCCCGGGGAACACAAUAACAUGCGAGGAGGCGGCUUGACUAUGGAGGAUGAAAUGAAUGUGGAUGGAGAGGUUGUGUCUCUAGCAUUUGAUGAGGCACUGGAUAUGGGAAUUGUUGGUACAAGUUCAGGCACACUGUGGUACAUCAACUGGCCAGAGAGAACAAGUAUCCGUCUUGUGUCAAGUCAUAUGUCAAGGGUGAACGGCCUGUCUUCCUGCAGUAGUUCCCAUGUAGCAUCAUGUGCUAAUGACGGAAGUCUGCGUGUCUGGUCAGUGGAGGACCGGGAACAGCUGCUACAGUUCCAGGUCAGAGAUCAGUCUUGCACCUGUGUUGCAUUUGCCCCCUCUGGUCCGGACAUUGUCACCAUGACUACCGUGAGUAACCUGCAGGAGGCUCCUGUGUUGGCCCAUCAACACCUAGAAAACCACCAGCUGCCUCCACUGGUGUCUGGAUACAGCGACGGCACUGUGCGCCUUUUUGACCCCAAUAAGGUGGAGAUGGUCCUAAAGAUGCACCCUCAUGCUGUCGCUGUUACUGCUAUUAGUUUCUCCUCUGAUGGGCGUAUGAUAAUAUCUGGAGGAAGUGAUGGCCUGAUCGCAGUCAGCAGUCCCACAACAGGAAUGACUGUCCGAGUCAUCAAUGACCAUAAGGGUGCCCCCAUCACCAACAUUGAUGUCACAGACAAACAGGACCAGGAUGUAGGUAUCACUGCCCCGCUGUUGUGGCUGGCCACCAGUGCUGAUCGCCGUGUAAGUGUCUGGUCAGCUGACUGGUCAAAGGACUUCUGUGAACUAGUAGAUUGGCUGACUUUCCCAGCCCCAGCAUUUACGCCAGAUGGUGCUGUCAUCUCCAAACAAGACCAGGGUUUAUUUGGUAACCUGCCCCCAAGUCUUGCCAUGUUUUCACCGGAGGAGCAAGAUAUCAUAGUGUACACGGGGUAUGGCAGUCAGAAACAUGUACAGUUUUACAGUCUGUCACAGCGUAAGGUGGUGCGGACUUCAGCGCUGACACACUGGGCAACGUGUAUGGAUAUGAGCCCCAAUUCCUCCUUGAUCACUUUGGGGGCUAAUGAACGUCUGAUGAAGCUGAUGGAUUAUUAUGAAGGAAGUUUCCAGGAUUUCACUGGCCACAAUGACUCGGUGACUGUUGUCAAGUUCUGCCCUGAGAGUAAAUAUUUGUUCUCCGUGGCCCACGCAGAAAUACUCAUAUGGGAAGUGAAUGUAUAACCCUGGGCGGUAUUGAAUUCCUUUAUUGUUUUUUUUUCUUCAUAUUUAUCAAAAUUAAAGAAAAAUCUAAAGACCUUUGCUCACAACUAUUUCAUUAUUAGACAUUAAAACAGCAUGAAUUAAAAUGUGUCAUUGAAAACAUGUUGAUCCAAGAUUGUUUUUUGUAUGAAAAUUUAGUUUAAGCAGCAGAAGAACACCGGGAUAUAAGAAUCCUUUAGUUGGAAUAGAGAUACCUGGAUUACCUGUGACGGGGAGGAUAUAUAUUACAAAUAACUGAGUUUAUUCAGUUAUUCAAAUAAGCAAGUUGUGAUAUCUAUUUCAAAUCUGAAAAUCUAUGACAAAUUGUGAUACUUUACCCAAAUCUGGGAAUAUCUGACAAGGGCUGAUAUUUAGUCAGAGAUAGAACAACAUGAAAUCUUGAACAAAACUAAUCUAUUAAUAUUAUUAUGUCUCAGUAUUUUAUUUAUCAUUUUUUUUUCAUACAAACAGCAAAUUUGUAGUUAUCGUUAUUUUUUCUGUGUAUUAUAGUGCUGUAUAAAGCCUUGAUAAUUUAAUUCUUUAUAUUUUUUGUUGACCAUUUAUCAAUGUUUUUUAUGUCAUAUGUCCAAGUAAAUUAUUUGUUUGCAAGAUUGAUACAAAAUAGAUAGCAUUUAAUUUACCGAUUGCUUGAGUGUAUGGAAGAGAGUGUAAGAGAGUGUGGAUGACAGGAUGAAUCAAUAAGUGAACCUGGCCUGAGAUCACAUAGAAAAUCUAAGAUUUACAUCUCAUUAAUCUUCUUAUUAACUGAAAUUGCAGUUAUUGAGAUGAGUACAUUAAGGUGUGGUUGUUUAAAUGUUUCACAGUAUUUACAGUUUAAUAUCUAUGUAAUUCUACACACUGUUACAUGCUUGUGGCAUCAUCAUUAUUAUUAUUUCAAUGUUAGGGAGUAGAAAACCUUCGCUGAUACUCGUUGUGAGGAUGUAUCCUUCAUUACAUAUUACAUUGUUUUAGGAGAUGUUAUUGUUACUAGGUGCCUAUGUAUCAUUGUAACAGCCAAAUACUACUAGUUGACUAAGAUACAGUUCACUGUCUCCAUCAUGUUGUGAUACACGUGUUUGAUGAUUGUUUACAGUUAAUCACUGUUAAUCUGGACUUUGAUCAUCCAGACACUUAUAUUGAUGAAUGAUAAUUCCCAUUCCAUUAAUACAAAAAUAUAUUAUUCUGGAUGGGUGUAUGGAACUAAUAAGUUUAAGAAGAUUACACUGUAAUUUUGUAAUUUUACAAUAUGAUGUAUGCUUUGUGGAGAAGUUUAUAAUAUACAUGAACUACAUUUGGUAAAAAUUUAACACUUACAGAAAGUUUGCGUAAAUUUUGCACUUAUUCAUUCAUAUUAAGUUUGAUUAUACAUUUGUUUUAUGUUUUAUUCAAGUAAAAACUGCGGUAUUUUGUAAAU